AUUCCGGCGGGUCUUCGGCGAGCGCGCCACACAGGCUCAGGUCUACAAGGUUAUAUCGGAGUCGGUGCUCCGGCAGAUCUUCAUGGGCGGCAGUGGGCUGAUCCUCUUGACCGGAGCGAGUGCCAGUGGCAAGAGUUACUCCCUCCUCGGGACCAAGAACGAUGGGGGAAUACUACGUCGCUGCCUGGACUCCAUUUUCCGUUCCGUGGGCUGUGAUCUCGUCGAGCGUUAUCUCGUGCAGGCGGAUAAGCUAGGAGCCGGUUUCACCUGCAUCCCAUCGCGAACUGCCCAAAAGUUGGCCGCCCAGGAGGAUCGCCUAAUGCAGGACGUCCAGCCCGCCAAUCUCAAUCCGAAUCCGAAUCCGAAUCGCAUUUGCAGCUGGCAGCUAAAUGGGGUGAAGAUAACGAUGCUUCACAAGCGGCGUGCCUGCUUCCUGGGCCUGCUGAUCGUCCAGGACAGCAGCUACUAUGAUCUGUUCAAUCAUCGCAGCGAGGCGGAGGGCAGGCCGGCAUCGUUGACCCUGCGGGAGGAUCGUCGUGGCAGGUGCUUCGCCCUGGGCGCCAAUCGGCUGGAGAUUCGCAGUGCCGAGGAGGCCGAGCUGAUGGUCAAGGCGGCGCUGCAGAAGAGGGAUGCUUGGAGCCUCCAUGGCGGCAGCCAUCUGGUGGUCAACAUCUAUCUGGUGGUCUACGAUAAUAUCCGGCAUCAGCAGCUCCUCGAAUGCGGUCAGAUAACGAUUGUGAAGGUCUUAGCCCCCCGAACCGUUCAUUCGGCCAACACUCGAAGGCCAUGUGGAGCUCUGAAGACAGUCUACACCCUGCGCAGCUGCAUCUCGACGCUGCACAGCAACCAGAUGGACGUGCUGAAGGGCAGGCAGCCCAGGAAGAGGCCACCCUGCCGGGAGACGAGUCUCACCCAGCUGCUGCGGCACUUCUUCGAUGUUAGCACCCUGGCGAGCGUCGUCUGUUUGGCCACCAUUAGCCAGGAGUGGAAUCAGGUUUUGGAUAAUGUGCGUGCUCUAAGAUUCGCUGAGGAAACCGUCUACAUUCGCGAUGAGGAGCAGGCCAAUGGGGGUGAAGGUGAGAAGCCCACCGAGGAUGAUUCGAACUACUUCUCCACCUUUCUGGACAAGAACUUCAGGCCCAACUAUCGGGCCAUCCGCACGGUAAUACCCAUCGAGCUGCCGCCCUUCCAGGAGGUCCAAUCGCUGAUCUCCCUGCUGAGGUCUCAGAUCACGAGGCGCAAGCAGCUGAUGGCGUCUUCGCAGGGUCUCAGCAAGGAGUUCCUCGAGAGAAUGCAGGGCCGGAGGGAUGAGGUCUUCGCCCUGCAGGCCACCGCUUUGAGGGAACUCAAGCAGACGAUCUACGAGACGGGAAGCCUGGUGGACCAACUGGAGGUGGUCCACGAACCGGUGGCCUACGGCAAGAUCUCCGUGCAGGCCCAGCAGGCCGAGAAGCGGGCCCAAAUUGCCGAGAACCUGCUGCACGGGCGCAACGAGCAGCUGGAGCGACAUGUCAGCCUCACCGAGCACAAGGAGACCGCCGCCUUCGAGGCGACCACAACUGGCGAUGCCAGGAGGCGCAAGGCCCAGCAGGAGGAGGCGGUCAAGGCCCGGCCUAUAUGGCAUAAUUACUAGAAGAUCGAACCUGUCUGUGUUCUCAUCAACAGGUGAUCCUGGAUCUCUAAGGCCAUUCCUUCAAGCUUCUG